AUGUCAUCUAACGAAACUGAAGUCAUUGAACAAAAUAAUUCAUUAAUUGGAAAAUUUUAUUGGAAUUAUUUAAUUUACUAUUUUCUCUGCAUUGCAAUACUCCCUGUUUAUAUUCUUAUAGUAGCAUGUAUCCUAAAAUCAAGAAAACAUUCUGCAAUGUUUCAGACAACAUUCUAUACAAUACUCAUUCAACAUUGCAUAGCCGAUAUUUUGGCGUUGCCGUUUUACGCAACAUUGAGAUUGUCUUACACAUUGUGGCCGCAUGUUUUCUACGAUCUUAAAGAUUUUGGAAUUGCGGCAAUUUCUUUCAAUGGAAUGUACUGGUUCAUCAUAAUUCGUUGCUAUGGAAUAACAUUAAUGACUGUUCAACGAUAUUUUAUAAUUGGAAGACCAACUGAUAGAAGCACUUUGUUUAUGCAGUCAUUGAAACCGUGGAAAGUUGUGUUAAUUUAUUGGUUUCCUCCAGUUAUUUUCUGCGUAAUAUUUUAUUCGCAUAUGGAUAUUACGUAUGAUUCCCCAGAGCAAAUGAAGUAUGUUACGGAUCCAGAUGUUAUCGAGGGAUCAUCUAGAACCGCAUUCUUCUACGUUCUAUUUUCUUGUUUAAUCUGUCUGAUAUGCUACGGAUUUAUUUUAAAAAUUGUACGGUCAAAAAGUCAAACAGCGUCAGUAUCCAUUCAGCGAGAAGUUCGAUUAGCAUUUCAAGUUUUACUGUCGUUUUUGGCAAAAUUAGUAAUGAUGAUUUAUUUUUUGCUAAUUUUUAUAACCUCUUUGUGCUCUGCGGGUACAAUUAGAGAUAUGGUAUUCGUUGUUGCAGUUAGAAGAAACUUCCCAACAGCAUACGGAACUUUAUCCUUCAUUGGGCCAUUCACAAUUCUCAUAUUUAAUAAUGACGUGUAUAGAAAUGUCAGGCGUAUGAUUUUUAGAAACAAAAUCAGUAAGUUUACUGUGACAUAA